AUGUUUUCUCUCUCUGACUCUCUGACUCUCUCUUUCUUUCUUUUUCUCUCUCUUUCUCUUUCUCUCUCUCUCUCUCUCUCUCUCUCUCAUUUUGUUCUCGCGAAUAUUUUGUUGACGGCGGUGGACAAUAUCAUACUAGUGGCCAUGGCGCGGGGUCGUGGCGGUGCGGGUGCCUCAGCGGCGGGUGGUCGUCGAGCUGGUGGUGGGCGCAGCGGGCGGUCGUCGGGUAGCAAGCCCAAGACGGCGGGCGCGCAGGCAGCCACGGCUGCCGCCCUCAAGCAGAGCUUGGGUCAAGUUCGCCUGGCCAGCACCACCAGCAUGUCUCUCUCGGAGCGGUUCUCUAAAAUCGGUGGUCCUGUCAAGCUCACAGCGGCUUCGGCAUCGGGCAAAAAGGCCACCAAGAAGGGUGCCUCGGCCACGGGACCCACAGCGCAAAAGAAGACGCCCACAAAGGGCGCCAAGAACGCCAAGGGCGCAAAAGGCACCAAGGGUGCCGCUCCCGCCAACGCCAAGAAUGGCGCCAAGGGGGGAAAGAAGGGCAAGGGUGAGGCUGCCAAGCCCACUCCGGCCGACCGAGACUCGCUCGACGCCCAGAUGAACAACUAUCGUGGCCAGACCGCUAGUGGCCUCAACGCCAUGCUCGACGAGUACCGUUCCAAGCGCACCGAGUCCGCCGACCCUGUGACCUCGGCCGUUGAUGAUGCUGCCAUUCUCGGCGUGGAGGAUUCCUCCGUGGUGGCUUAAAAGUACUCACAUGUCAGUAUCCAUUUGCUUGCGUCUCUUCCCCUCGGCUCCUCAACCUUUUGAUCUGCGGUCCCAACACGGCUUCCGGCUCGGGAAACAAGCAAGAGGUUGCAACGUUACACCCAUCAAUUGACAAUAAAAGACUC